UGUUUCUGUCAGUUUUUACGCGUCUUUUGUUUGAGAAGGUCGUGGUUGCCGAAUUUUAUUAUUUAUUACAUUUUCGUACCGAGAUUGUAUUGUAAUAAAUAGUAAUGAUUUUAUAUAUAAUACAUUGAUUGAUCAAACCAGUGAACUAUGCCCUAAGAUACUUGUCAUUCUUUCGCAAAUAUUAUUUAUGCAUCCAUUGUGAUGUGCUACUUUUAGUUCCAACCAGUUAUUUUGCUUGUUGAAUAAAACUACCGGUAUUUUGGUGAAAAUGUCUUCAGCGCCGAGAGAAAGAACGGUAUCUAUACCGUUGACACCAACUAGAUCCGAUAUGUAUUGGCAACGAAUAUUUAACAAGUACGACAAAGACAACGAUGGAAAAAUAUCCUACGUCGAGUUGAAAGAGAUCAUAGAAUCCAGAGAAUACGACCACGAUCUACCAGACAAUGUAGUCGACAAGAUUAUGAGCCUGGCUGACAGAGACAACUCGGGGUACCUGGACUUCGCAGAGUUUGUUGAGAUGAUGCACCAUCCUGACCUGAAGGCGAUCUUCGGACAUUUCGUGGCCAGAUACGUCCACUCGAUCAUACCGCACAGGGAUCCGGUGGAUACGAUAGCCGCGAGUUUUCGAGCGGUGCCCGUUCACAGUGCCCGUAUCCAUAGCCAUAGCAUCUUCACGUACACAGACGGCACUUACGAAGAGGAGUACACCUGCUGGCCGCCGGCUAUCUGCAUGAUCCUGAUCUCCCUGGUGGAGAUAGCCCUGUUCUGCUACGACGCCAGCCAAGGCAUGACCCAGGCGAACGGGCCCAUCGCCCAGCUGUUCAUCUACAAUCCCAACAAGAGGCAGGAGGCCUGGCGGUUUCUCACUUACAUGCUGGUUCAUGUCGGCGUGGUACAUCUUCUAGUCAACUUACUCGUGCAGCUGUUCCUCGGCGUCCCACUGGAGAUGGUACACCGAUGGUGGAGGGUGACCCUGGUGUACCUGGCCGGGGUCGCAGCAGGCUCCCUGGCCACCAGCCUCACAGACCCUAAGGUCUAUUUGGCGGGGGCUUCGGGAGGCGUUUACGCGUUAAUUGCGGCGCAUAUUGCUACUAUCAUCAUGAACUGGUCGGAAAUGGAGUUCGCGAUCAUUCAGCUACUAGUGUUCCUCUUGCUGGCUGGCGUGGACGUAGGUACAGCUGUCUACGACCGGUACUUCAGGCCGGACAUCAAGCAGAAUAUCGGAUAUGUAGCCCAUUUGGCGGGCGCCAUUGCUGGACUCCUAGUGGGCAUUGGAGUGCUGCGUAACCUGGAGAGGAGGAAAUGGGAGAAAAGGUUAUGGUGGGCAGCUGUGGUUUUAUACUUCUCCCUGAUGAUAGCCGGGAUCCUGGCCAACAUCUUCUGGACUGAGCGGUUCCUGUGAUCGCAUUGACUGUUGAUUGGUUAAAGUUUAUGAAUUAAGUGAUACUAGUAUAGAAACUGCAUUUUUUGGUGGCUUGAAGGCUGAUUCCGUAAUAAAGGAGCAAGCGCGUAUGAAAUUUUUAGACUUAUUGACAGAAUAGUCUGGUGCUCAAGUAUGAAUAACAUGUUUGCAAGUCCCUUGAAAUUUUGAAAAAGGGGGCUCCUCCCCCCCUUAUUCCCCUUUAAACUGGGUAAAGACAUAGAUGUCAAGGGGUUUUUAACUUUUGUGACAUGUAUGGUCUUUGGUCAUAGAGGAGGACGAUUCCAACCAAACCCCAUAAGGAAUCGGCCUUCUAGCAAAAGUUACCAAAAGUGCCACUUUAACUUUACUUUAAAUAUUAUACUGUAGUGAUUUUCAAAUUUACAAUAUGUAUUUUUAAAGUCUUGUCUUCAAGACAUUGUCGGUCGUGAAAAAUAAGUCUCGUUUUGGUACCUACUUAAUUGAAAAUAAGUAAUUUUAGAGGAGCUAUUGAACAAACAACAAACGUUGGAGACUGUGGAAAGCCGCAUGUAGCAUUGGAGAAAAAAAAUUUUUGACAUAAGUUUUUUUUAUUUGAAUUACUAUACUAGAAAAUGUGUAGAUAGCACGAGAAGUCCAAAAGGUGAAUUAAUAAACCAGUGUUGCUACUUACACAAACUACCAGGAAGAUGGUAGAUAAUAACUCUUUGUGUGGAACCUUAUAAAAAAAUGGAAGUACAUACAUAUUUAUUUAAUGUCUCAUUGCUUCGCUCUCUGUAUUUUUUUCUUCUUUUAUUUAAAUGAUUUUUACCUUCAAAUAUUUAUUUUUGUUAGACUAUUCCUGCUUCUCCAAUUUUACAUGACAGCGACGGAAAAACUAGCACAAUUUAUUGUAUUUCUAUAUAGUAAUAGUAGAAAUCUACAGUAUAACAAAUUUUGAUAAAUUUAUUACUAUAAGCAUUUUGCCUUAAAAUUUAGUAUUAGCAUUACUGAAGUCGUCUGUUUUUAUUAUAUUCUAAUCUAUUAAACUAUAGUUCCUGUAGUAAUUUUACUGGUAAUCAAGGAAUAAAUGUGUCGGCAUUGAUUUAAAAGCUGCAAAGAAUCUAAAUUUUGGCAAGUUUUGUAAGAGAGUAAGAAGUGCUUUUAUUUUUAUUAUUACUAAAACAUUUAGGUAUUUUGGUAAUUCCCAAUUUAACUCUGCCAGACAGCUUUAAACAAGGAGGGAAAUAGCUAUAUCACAAUUCUAAGAAUUCUUUAGAUACUUAAGAGUACUAUGAGCUUUAUUCAGGAUUUGCUCUGCAAAAUAAAUUAAUAUUUUUGAUAAUUUGACUUAAUCUUUGUACUGAAAGAAGAAAUUGUAAAAUUUUUGAAUUUACAUAAAAGAUUAGAAAUUAUUGUGCAGCAUUCGCAAUAUUUUAUUGCUUAUAUUUUGAGAACUAUUAACUUCUACUUCAUCAAAUUUGACGUUGCCAUACAAGACAACAUUUAAAGUAUACAUAUAGGUGCUAAAUUAUAAUGAUGUAAAAUUAUUAUAAUGAUUUAGUACCGGAUUUUUUUCAUUAUGAUAUUACACUUAUUUAAUUACCAUAAUAUAAAAAAAUAAUUUCCAUCGCUUUAUGUUGAAAAUCUAUGAUUAUUUUCAUUUUCCUGAAGUAGUUGAAUAGUAAAUAGACUUAACAGCAGUUGACCACCGUCUUUUGCUAUCUAUGUAGGUAGUUGUUAGGUUAGUUAACUUGACCAUCUCGGGGGUAGUGUGCAUGAAAAAGAAACAUUAAAAAUAAAUGCUUCAAAGACCGGAAUCUCUUGCUUUGAAGCAAAGCUCUCAAGUGCAACUUUGAAUAGGCUAUUAGUCUGAGCAAGUGAGAGAUAAAAGAUUGACCCGUAGCCGUAAAACGAAGCAUUUUAUAUUAUUUUACAUAAUGUGAUUUUAUGUUUUAUGCACGUACGUUAAACCGAGCUUAAUAAUUUGCCAUAAUAAAUUGUUAAAGUUGUCAGUAAGUAAACUUAUGAUACGUAUAACGUGCCUUAACUUUUGUAUACCAAAAAAUCAAUUUCACAAUACAAUUUUUGUAUCUAGUACUUAUGUAUUUAACAAAAAAAAUAAAAAAAAACAAGGUAUUUUAAUCUAGUGCAUUGUUUAUAAUAAAAUUUCGUUUGUAUAAUUUGCCUCAAUUUUAGAUGUAUAUCUGUUGGUUUUAUAAUGUUAUGUAGUAAUUACAAAAAUAACUUUAUUACUGAUAAUAAUUUUGAACGAAAUUAAAGAAAGAAUAAAGCUUUACUGAUUUUGUUGUAAUAUUCAAUUUUAUAUCAUCCUUUUGAUAUAUUUGUGUUCAUUUUAGUUGAGACAUUAUUGUGGGUAUUUGUUUAUAUUUGCAUGAGAAGUUAUAGCUUUAUUAAGUUCUUGUUAUGUAAUCGAAUAUGCACAAAUGUGAGUAGUAGAUUAAGUCGAAAUACAUGUCAUUUUAUUUAUA